AUGUUCCGCGUCGCUGUCCAGCCAAGACGCACCGCGAUCGUGACGGCUACCGCGCUCGUCGUCGGCGGGUCCUAUCUGUACAUGCAAAAACGGGCACAACUCGACUCGUCCGAUGCCCCCGUCACCAAGCGCCGGCCCUCGCCCCUUUGGGCGCCCAUGAGCCGCGACCAGAUGCUUGCCCACCUCCGCUCCUCUGGUGCGUUCAUCAAGCGCACAGCGCACGGCGGACCGGAACCCGGCAUGGUGCCCAAGGACGUCAAGCCGAACGACGACGACGACGUGUUUGAUCUCCUGAUUGUCGGCGGCGGCGCGACAGGUGCCGGUACGGCUGUUGAUGCCGCGUCACGUGGUCUCAAGGUCGCCAUGGUUGAGCGCGACGACUUUUCGUCUGGCACUUCGUCGAAGAGUACCAAGCUCGUGCACGGCGGUGUGCGCUACCUCCAGAAGGCGGUCAUGGAGCUCGACUAUGAGCAGUACAAGCUCGUCAAGGAGGCACUGCGCGAGCGCCGCAUCUUCCUGGAGACAGCGCCUCACCUCUCUCACAUGCUUCCCAUCCUCCUGCCGCUCUACGCGUGGUGGCAGCUCCCGUACUACUACGCCGGCUGCAAGGCGUACGACAUCCUCGCAGGCAAGGAGAACAUGGAGAGUUCGUACUGGAUGACCAAGGGCAAGGCGCUCGAGGCGUUCCCUAUGCUCAAGCCCGACGGGCUGGUUGGCGCCGUCGUCUACUAUGAUGGCCAGCACAACGACUCGCGCAUGAACAUUUCGCUUGUGGCCACAGCGGUGCAGCAUGGUGCGAUCGUUGCAAACCAGUGCGAGGUUGUUGCCCUCCACAAGAAGCCUGAUCCCGCCCGUGCAGGCGAGGAACGCAUCUGCGCCGCGACUCUCAAGGACCGCAUGACUGGGGAGGAGUUUGACGUGCGCUGCCGCGGCGUCAUCAACGCCACUGGGCCCUUCUCAGACGGCGUGCGCAAACUCGACGAGCCCAGCGUCCAGGAGAUUGUUGCUCCGUCCUCGGGUGUACACAUCACGCUUCCGAACUACUAUGGACCUCGGAAGAUGGGCCUGCUCGACCCCGCAACGUCCGAUGGACGUGUCAUCUUCUUCCUCCCGUGGCAGGGCAACGUCAUUGCCGGUACGACCGACUCGCCUACCACUGUGAGCCAGAACCCCAUCCCCUCGGAAGAGGAGAUCACCUGGAUCCUCGACGAGGUCCGCCGCUACCUCUCGCCCGACAUCAAGGUGCGCCGUGGUGACGUCCUGUCAGCGUGGUCGGGUAUCCGUCCCCUUGUGCGCGACCCUGGAGCCAAGAACACCGAGUCGCUUGUGCGCAACCACAUGAUCAACAUCUCAAAGGGUGGCCUCCUCACCAUUGCUGGUGGCAAGUGGACCACCUACCGCGAGAUGGCCGAGGAGACGGUCGACGCCGCGAUCAAGGAGUUCAACCUCAAGCCCAACGGUCCCUGCCAGACGCACCACAUCAAAUUGAUGGGUGCCCACGCCUGGUCUCCAACCAUGUACAUCAAGCUCAUCCAGCAGUUUGGUCUCGAGACGGCUGUCGCAAAGCAUCUCGCUGAGAGCUACGGUGACCGCGCAUGGACCGUGGCGUCCAUGGCAGAACCAACGGGUGAGAGCUGGCCCAUGUACGGCAAGCGCUUGUCGCCACUGUACCCGUACAUUGAAGCCGAGUGUCGCUAUGCCGUGCGUCACGAGUUUGCACUCAAGGCGACCGACUUUAUCGCGCGCCGUUCCCGCAUCUCCUUCCUCAACGUACAGGUGGCGCUUGAGACGCUUCCCCGUGUGAUCGAUAUCAUGGGCGAGGAGCUCGGGUGGGACGGGACACGCAAGGCCGCUGAAUUCGACGACGCCGUCCAAUUCCUCAAAUCGAUGGGUCUUCCCGCCUCGACCAAGAUUACGCUACAGGACGUGCGUGCGCGCAACGGCAAGAUUGGCGUUCUGGGUCUCGUGAGCAAGGAGGAGGCAGCGCUGUACGCCCGUUCCGCAUUCAGUCCCAAGGAGCUUGCACGCCUCAAGGAGCAGUUCAAGAGCCUCGACCUGGACCACGACGACCGUAUUACCCGCGAGGACAUUCUGCGCGCCAUGAAGAAUGCCGGGUACGACGCCAACCCCGACAUUGCGGCUAGUAUCCUCAAGGAAGUCGACUUUACGCGUAAGGGCGCCGUCGAUUUCCAGGACUUCCUCGAUAUUGCUGCUGGCCUCAAAGAGCUCCAGCUCGACUCGGCGUUUACUCACCUCGCCAAGCUUGGCGACGACAAGGAGCAGCGGCCGCGUAUCUCGGUCGAGCGCUCGGGUGGUGGCGCCUAA